CGUAUUCCGAAGUCCAAAAUGUCAAAUGAAACAAAACAUCUCGUCGUAUGAUUAAUUAAACACUCAUAUGUAAUUUUAUUUAAGUGAAUUUGGCUGUUUAAUCCACAAAAAUGGGUGCUUUAACUAGCAGACAACACGCUGGCGUGGAGGAGGCCGAUGUUACAUCGAAUCACGCGUAUAAAUAUCCCCCUAGAUCGGGUAAUUAUUUUGGAAGCCACUUCAUCAUGGGUGGUGAAAGGUUUGACACACCACAGCCUGAGGCUUACCUGUUUGGGGAGAAUGCUGAUCUAAACUUCUUGGGAAGCAGACCCACUCCAUUCCCAUACCCACCACCACAAUCAAAUGAGCCAACGAAAACACUAAAGAGUCUUGUGAACAUCCGCAAAGAGUCCCUACGAUUUGUGCGUUGUCCGGAACCAGUGGGCAAGCUGGCAGAGAACAAGAUCAGUGAUGGAGGCAUCAUCAAGACCUUGGACAGCAAUGGGAAAGGAACAUAUUACAAUAUAGAGUUCACGUUUGACUGUGACGCCAGAUGUGCGAUCACUAUAUUCUAUUUUUGCACUGAGGAAGUUACACCGACUGGUGUUGUUUACUACCCUCGCGACGCGGCAAUGACGUCACAAACGUACCACUAUAAGAAAGGUGCCAACCAGCAGUUCUGUCAAAUUGCGCAUGUGUUCGACCCGUCCAAGUACCCUGAGGAAGACUUGUUAUACAAUGCUGAUAGAGAGAUCAUACCGAUAGCGAUAUACUGCGUGGUUGACGAGGGACAAGAAGCUGAGAUAAGACAGUCGCACACCACAAUAGCAGUGGUUGAGAAGCACUCUGACGGUACAUAUGUCCUGAAGGCGUUGAAACAGAAGCUGUUCGUGGACGGACUCUGCUACCUGCUGCAGGAGAUAUACGGCAUCGAGAACAAGAACCUGGACACCAAGCCGAGUUCCGACGAGGAGACAGAGGAUGGAGGUUCAGAGUGUGUGAUCUGUAUGUGCGACAUGCGAGACACUCUGAUCCUGCCGUGCCGACAUCUCUGCCUGUGCAACUCCUGCGCAGACUCGUUGCGCUACCAAGCCAAUAACUGUCCCAUUUGCAGGGCCCCGUUCCGCGCGCUACUCCAGAUCCGAGCUCUCCAACGCCUGCCGGGCACUGACGCCUCGGCUGUCUCCGAGACCGGGGUGGACGGCGUGCCGCCGGGGUACGAGCCGGUGUCGCUCAUCGAGGCGCUGAACGGACCCCACGGACCCAGGGCGCUGGCCCCACCGGCGAGACCUGCACCGACUAUCGCCAGUCCUGAUACUGAUACCGCAUCGCAGGCUGCUGAAAUCCUGAACCGUUGUAACUUGGAGCGCAGUUCCUCUACCAGCCUCGGCAGCAGUAGCAGCAGGAAGCUCAAGAGCGGCUCCAAGGACGACGUCAAGAGCAUACGUGAUAGAUCCGCAACACAGACCAUCACGCCUGAGUUCCGCAUGUCAGUGCUGCUGGCCCGCGAGGAGGAAGCCAAUAAGCGCGCCGAAGAGAAGACAGCGGCGAACAGUCCCCUGCUCUACAACCACAAGCCGCUCAACUGUAAUGAAAAGAUUUCAAAGUCGUCUAUAAGCCUGGAGUACCCCGGCGUGUCGGUGUGCGCGGAGGCGGCGUGCUCGGAGGACGAGGCGCGGCGCGUGGACGACAGCGACGCCGAGAGACUCUCGCCUCUGCUCGCGCAGCUGCCCGUCGCGCCUGUCGGGGUGUUGACGCGCGGCUCGUCGGUGUCGUCCCUGUGCGCGCCGGCGGGGACUGCGGUGUCGCCGGCGAGCGCGGCGCUGCGCCUCUCCGCGCCGGCGCUCGCGCACAUCGACGACGCGCCCGACACCGACGCCGAUGCCGACGCUGCGGCUAUGUCGAGCGGGCGGCAGUCGCGCGCGGAGCCGGACUCGCCGCCGGCCGCCGACGACUCGGACUAUUUCACGCCGGAGGACACCAACACUACCAUACUGACGGUACCCAAAACCAAACGCGCCGAGCCGACCGGUAACGGCGAGUGCACCCCGCAGCGCUGGGCCCUGCCGCAUCACGUCACUUCCUUGCCUGGCACGCCGCUAAGCCAAUCGAGCGUGCGGUCAUCAGGCGACUCGUACAGCUCGACGUCGUCCACGCGCCAGCUGCUAGCGGCGGGCGGCGGCGCGGGCGCGGGUGUGGCGGGGGCGGCGGGCGCGGCGCUGCCCGAGCCCGCCGGCUAGCGCACGCGCGCGCCGCGCACGCCGCGCCCGCGCCCGCGCGCCCUGCGCCUCGCAAGCACCACUAGCCGACACGGCGCGCCGGAAACAUUAGGGGCUAAGAGUGCCAGCUACUAUUUGCAAAAUCUGGCCUUUACCUCUACACAGUGAUGGGGUUCAUUGUACAAUUAGAGUGCAGCUGAUUAUGUGGUCGACUGUACCGAUCGUCGUCUGGUUCGAGGCGGGGCUUACUGUACGAGAACCUCCAAUUAAAGUAUUUUAGCUACAAUCCACGUAGUGCAGCGAAGUUUGUGAAUAUUUAUUGUAGCUGCCACAAUGGCAUGCCAUACUGAGUACUGACUGUUUUAUGUGACGGACUGUACCUAUGCAGCUAAUUUGUGACACAUCACAAUAUAGUAAUAUAAUGUUGGUCAUAAUAAUAUUUUAUUCAUCAUACUUAUAAAAAUGAUAUGAAAUCUCAAUGGAACAAUUAUUACUCAUUUGAUGAUCUUAGACUAGAAAUAUGUGUAAAAAUAUUGUAUUUUUUUUGGUUGCUUAAUAUAAAUUAAACUAUUAUAAACUUGCUCAUAAUAACGUUACAAAAAUGUAUUUGUAUUUUUCGUAGGCAAAUUUAAAUAACUAUAAUUCUUGUUUAUGGCACUGGCAGCUUUGACAGAAUAAAGUAUGACGUCAUUACCAAUAUUAUGAUAAAAUAUAAGACACUUCCCAUAACUGAUUAAGGCGUUUACACACCACAUAGAUCACAUCAACUCAGUUUCAAUGUAGCAUAAUAGUCUAACAAGUUAAUAGAUGUUUUGGUUUGAUGUUUGAGGCAAUUUAAAAAUUGUUAAAAUCUUUUUCUAGUUGUCCUUGAAUACGAUAUUGCGGUGGCUGAAAGAUUGUAGGUCUUAGCGUCGCUUAUAGUUUUCAAAAAUGCUAUUUUUUUGCAAAAACAUUUUUUGCAUUUAAAAAGGUGAACAAUUAAAAUACAAAAUUAUUUAACCAGAGCCUUUGUCAGGUGUUUACAAAGAUAUUUAAAAAAAAAACACGAACUUAAGCUCUAUACUUAAAUUUGGCGCAUGUCAUUACUUCUCAGAAUUUGAUCCUUAUGAGUGACACUAUCGAAUGGUGUUAUGAUACAGUAUGUGGUUCUUUGUCAAUAUCAGCGGGUUUGAUUCUUGGCUAGGAAUAUUGUUUUUUUUUUUAUAAACUUCAUGGUCGGAGUUUUAACAGCUCUCUUUUUAUAAAGAAAUUCGUAAGUCAACCAAAUUGUUGAGCCGAAAUGAGUCCUAUGUACCAGCACAUAAAGCAUUUCACUGCUAUCUGAAUCGAGAUAAUGUGGUGUAUAAAUGCCUCGUAUAAUAAAAGGACAUUUUUAUUCAUUUUAUUUUAUGCAUCUUUCAUAACAGUAAGUCGCAUUUGUGUAUUUGCAUUUUCUUAUAACUUCAUGUUCUAUGACAUGAAUUAAUAACACAGGUAGAUUAAAAUAGGUUGUAAGAUAUAUUAUUAGGUCCAUUAUCCACUGAAGCAUAUUGAAAUUCCAGUAAAAGUAAUUUAAAUUAAAUAUAAUGCAAUUGUAACGAGAUAUAAAUGUUUGAUCUUGAUAUAAACUACAAUAAAUAUUAACAUUUAAAGAAUCAUGAUAAAUGAACUAUACAUUUAAAAUAGGUAACUAUCGACAGAGCUGCGAUUGUAUGCGCCAUGUUUCCAAAGCUACGCAAUACUUUUUGGCGCAACUCUGAAGCUAUGUUUUUGUGGAUAGUGGAUCUUAGUUUAUUUUCGGAUUUAGUAUAUUUUAGUGACUUUAAAUUCGCCACUUAUAACCAUUAUAGCUUUAUAUUAUUUCUCUAUCCGUCCUUCUAUUGUGUAUCAUGACAAAGCAUCGCUUGCAAGCCAAUUAUCACAAUUACACUUGGUUAAAAAUUACAUUUUCAAAAGGAAUUUAUUAAGAAAUUAGGGCUUUUAUAUAUUAUUAUAGUCUCAAUUAGAUAUAUAAAAUGUAAGUAAAUGUUUUGAUCUUCAGAAUCCUAUAUUGUAGUGUUCGUCUUAAUUCACAUUGACGCAGCGCCGUAACGAUACGUUGAGACAGCAACAGAAUACUUGUAUGGCAUCUUGUUUUAAUUCGUUGACUUAAGAAAAAUAUAGUUUUUGAAAAAAUGCCGAUUUUCUCUUUUUUAGCGUUUCGUUAUCUAGGGACUAUUUACUAUCAAACCCAUUGAAAAAGUUCUAAAUGUUUUCUUUUUUUGGGUAUUGGAAGUAAAUAGUGCAUAGGUAAUGAAAGCUAAAAAAGUGAAAAUCGCUAUUUUUACAGAUACAACAGUUUACUUAGGAGUCAGGUGUAUAUUAUAUCCCUGUAUCAUGCACAGUGAAAAAACGCAACAUCUUAAUAGUAGACUGUUAAUGCACCAUGCCUUUGCAUUCUCCCUUCAACAGAAACGAAAUUAAGAAAAUAGGGAGCCAGUUAAUUUAAUUUAAAUGUCUUAAUCUCAACCGAAGUCAAGAUCUACAACAUUCUGCUUGGUGGACACACAUUCUAAAACAGUUACUACAAUCUUGAAUUGUUUCUGCUGCUUCAAUGUGAAUAUAUUUUUAUUUUUAUUAGUUUUAUCUAAUUCCUACUGGCAUCUCUUUUAUAAUUUAUGUAUAUGUUUACAUAAAUUCUUAAAAUAAAUAUUAUUAACAAAUAGAUAAUUAAUAUUUACAGUAUAAUGGGUUAAUAUCCACUUAUAAUUAGUUUUAGUACCUAUAUUUUUCAGGUUUUAUUUUACAUUUCACCACUGAUCUAUAUCACAAUAUAUUUUGUAUAAAUGUAUUCCUUAGGUGUAGGGUAUAUAGACUGAUUUAAGCAUUCCUUGUAUAAAUUUGAGUCUCAUUUUGAUUGUAUAAAAAAUAUAUAUUGGGAAUUACCAAAAAUUUAUAACAAUUAAAACAAUUUUGUUUGAUAAAAAAAUAUUUGUUUUUUAAAUGAAGGUUAAAACUAUUAAAUUUUAAACUUUGUGCUUGUUUGAGGAGAAUAAAAAAUAAGUUAUAUACAGAAUACUUUUGAAAUUUAAAGGAAGGAUUGCAUCCUUGCUCUAAACUGUACACUUUGUUUUGAUGCUAAUUUAUUGUUUGUUUCUGAAGUGUACCGCUUGCAGCCCAUCUCCAUACAAAAGUGAAAUAUGAUAUAUUAAUUUUUCACAAUUUGAUUAUAUCAGUAUUUGUUUUGGUAGAUCCUUGCCAAAAUAUUAAUAUGUUUAGGAACAGCUAUUUGAAUUUGCAUGUGGUGUAUUUGUUUUUUUUAAGACAUUCAAACUGCUUUUCAUAAGUUUUCUGUCCCAGCUGCAUUUAUGUUGCUGUUAAUUGCUCCUUCUAGAAUAGAUAUAACUUGCAAUUGCAAUAAGUUGAAAACAUUACCAUGUCAUUAUAUCAUCAAUGUGUUUUGUUAUCUUGUGUAAAUAUUAAAGACAAUAUACAAUCAUA